AUGCCGUUGCUGGGGCCACCGGUCGGUGCCGGUGGCGGAGGUGCCUCGUGUGCGUGCAAUAAAGAUAUUAAAGUGGCUAAAGUGGAAGCUGACAUGAGGAAUCAGGUUGCUGAAUGCGGGCUCACAACUACGUUUCCCGUUCCGUGUAUGGACCACAUCAGUGGGUGGUGUUGUGUAAUAUAG